AUGGCCGUGCACCUCAACGCGCCGAACGCACCCACGUUCUCGCCCGCCUUCGAGCUGGAGGGCCUCAUGGGCACCUGGCACGUCACGCACUCGACGCUCCCGCUAUGGAAGGUCAGUCUCCCGUCCACCCAGCCCCGUGUCCCCAUCAGCGCGCUCAGCCGCCCCCGGCAGGACAAGAAAGACGUGACGAUCUCCUACGCUCCCAUAACAACCACACCGGGCCCCUCGCCCUCCUCGCCCUCCUCCUCCGCACCGCGUCCGACGCGAAUAAACGACCUCGUCGAAUACCGCUCCAUCGCCGCCUCCGCCUCCUCCAGGCCCUCCCGCGUACUCGGCGUCGACACCCUCGACCCCGCCUCCCCCACCCGCUUCAAGUGGCGCGGAAAGGGCCUCCUGAUCAUCGCCUCCUCCCGCUGGCACCUCCUCGGCUACCACAGCCCCGUCCCCAGUCCCAGUCCCAGUCCCGGCACCGGCCCCGAUCCCACCGUCGCUGCCGACGCCCCGCCCUCCUGGGCAGUCACCUUCUUCGAGAAGACCCUCUUCACCCCGGCCGGCCUCGACAUCUACGCGCGCGCCCCGGAGGGCCUCCCCGCGGACCUCCACGCCGCCAUCGUCCGCGCCCUCCACGCCCUCGGCGGCGAAGUCGCCGACCUCGCCGCGUCCCUCUUCGAGGUGCAGCGCAGCGCGGCUUGA